UAGCAAUUGGAUGUUUUGAAGUACAUUGAAAGACAUAUAACAGAACAAGUAAAAUGAGUAUCAAUUCCGAAGACGUUCGCACUUGGAUAGGCGAAAUAAUGAAAAAGAAAGGAGUAAAAAAAUAUAGGUUGGAUAUUUCCGACUCGGCAAAAGGUGAUGGUUAUUCAUGUGAUGUAUGUUUCGUUAAAGUAACAGUCGAAGAAGGAAAAGAUGCUGGAGAAAUAUACGACGUGGUCGUUAAAGCUGGAAAAGUGAGCGAAAAACUAAGAGAAAAUUGCCCAAUUGUCGAGAUUUAUUUCAGGGAAAUAGUUUUGUACACUAAAGUUUUGCCAAUGAUUGAACAACUACAGAAGGAAUAUGGAAUAAAAAAUUGCUUUACUCAUUACGCACCUGUUUUUUACACGAGCAAAGAGGAUCGCAAAGAAGCAAUACUUUUACAAAAUAUGAAAGUCCGGGGAUACAUGGUACACGACAGGACCGUACCGCAUAAUUUAGAGGAAGCUUUACUCGCAUUUCGCACGUACGCCAAAUGGCACGGUGCUAGUAUGGCGUUUAAAAUAAAAAAACCAGAACUCUUCCACGAAGUCACCAACAACAUGAACGAUAAUUUCGGCGAUAUUCUGUUUAAAUCGCGAUUAAUUGAGAGCUUUCCAAAGUUUCAUCAAUUGGGCCUAAAUGUGUUGAAGAAAGUAGGACAGCAAGAUAUGGCGAAGAAAAUCGAAGAAGAAGCAAGCGAUUUUAAAAAAAUGUGUGGAUCAUUAACGCUUUCGCACGAUAAGGAAGCUGAAAGAGAAGCUGUAAUAUUACACGGAGAUUGUUGGAAUAAUAAUAUGAUGUUUAAGUAUAAAGAUAUGGAUAUAUCUAAACCAAUUGAUAUGGUGUUACUAGACUUCCAAAUGUCCAGGUUAGCUUCACCUAUACUAGAUCUAUCCUACUACCUCUACUCUACAGCCGAUAGAAACGUAUUGGACAAAUUCGACCAUUUGUUGGAGGAAUAUCAUAAAGAGCUGGAGAAUUACUUGAGGCAAUACGACAUCAAUGUUGAUGAUUUGCUGACGUUAAAGAGAUUGAGGACUUCUUGGAGAAAAUACGGUAGAUUUGGAUUCGCAAUGUCUGCGUUCAUUCUUAGAGCUGCACUAUCCAAGGAAGACGAAGUCAUCGAUUUUUCGGCUGAAGUUGCCGAUUCAACCAUACAAAACCUUCAAAUAAACGUUAUUGAAAAAGAAGAAGAAUACGACAGGAGAAUUCUAGAUGUUUAUACGCAUUUUUACAAGACAUGUUUGUUAUAAGUUUGUUCUUAGAAUGGUAUAUAAAAUAAUAUUGAAA